UUUAUAACCCAAUAUUGAUGCUGAUAUUUAAGAAAUGCAAGAUAUUAUUUCUGAACACCAUUAUCAUCAUAUGCUUUCCAAAGAUAAUAGUUCUAACUUUUUUUUUAAACAAAAAAAGCAUUUCUAUGUUUAGGAAAAAAGGAUUAAUAAAACCUAACAAACUUAUGAAAGAAAUGAUCAACACAAUCUUGUCGAUUAAUCAGGUAAUAACUUGAUUAUAAUGAUUUAUAUGCUACAAACCUGAUAAGUCAAAUUGAUAAUGACCACAAUUAAGUCACAUCUGAGCUGAGCUGUCUUAACUAAUUCUGUGGAGCAUUUGCAAAAUGUAAAUGAAAUAGGGAUUAAAACAGACUAUGUACUGCUCCAUUGCUGGAGAAUACAAGAAGAAGGAGAAGAUAAUGGUGGAAUAUAAUUCAAAGCGGAAGAGUUCAUACACAAAAGACACAAUCAUCUCGAAAGAAAUAUCUGAGGAGAACGUUGCUCUGGUUGAUAUCCUCUUCAUGCACGUUCUACAGGACGGUUACAAAAUUCCCCAGCAAUAUAAUGAUGUUAAGGAUUUCUUCUCUCAACUCAUUCGCACCUGCCUCAAGAUCCACACUAUACACCCUGGAAAAAUCUCCUGCAUUCUAUCUGUCAAACCUGAAAUAUUGAAUGCUUAUAGUACGUUGCAUGGAGGAGCAAUUGGAGCUGUCGCAGAGAGGGUGUCAAUUGCCUGUGCCAGAACUGUUGUAGGAAAGGAUAAGGAACUCUUUCUUGGAGAAUUGAGAAUGUCAUAUCAUUCUGCUGCUCCAUGCAAUGCAGAGGUGGUCAUAGACGGGUCUAUCAUUCGGAGUGGAAGGAACAUAACUGUAGUAGCAGUUGAUUUUCGGCUCAAGGACUCAAGGAAAUUGGUCUACACCUCGAACGCAACAUUCUAUCACAUGCCUGUCGCAAGUUUAUGACUUAAAACUCAAAACACAUUAAGUAGAUACGUUUGCUGAACACGUUCAGCAGCUCAUAUAGCAUCAUUAGAUGAAUUUGAGACUUAAGAGUACUCUUAUCUGUAAUCCCCAAAGCAAUAUUUACAUCUAGCAUUAUCUGAGAUUACCUUAUUUGUCAUCUGUAUCAUCUAUGUAAUCAAGUGUUGCUUGAUGAAAUACACAAUGGAAUCAUGAUUUAUUGAAAUAGAAUGAAGUGAAAAUCAUGUACAUCACUCUUGUAUUA